AUGGUUUUGGACGAAUCCCAAUUAAAUCAAGCAAGUUGGUACUACGGUGGCAAGCAAAUAAGCAUUGGUGGAAAACUGUUGGAACCGAUCAGAAUUGGACUCUAUGGCAUGCCAAAGUAUCAAGCCGUCUUCCUUCCAGGGAGGCCCGACUACGCACCCACAAUGCCAGGGACUAAUGUGGAUCAACUACGAACCUAUCAGCUACGCGUUCGGUUUGCAGACAUAAACGAUAACGGUCUUUAUCGAUGUGUUAUCGAAAUAACCUCAAAAAUAGUCGAUGAGGGCGACUCUCUCACCUGGGUCUGCAAAGCCCAGGGCUCCGCCCAACUCCGCAUCAGUUGGACCCGCGCCAACGGACGUCCGCUCUCCCUUCCCGGCUCGCCACAGCGCAUUUACGUGAGUUAUACCAUCUUUUGA